AGCUUCAUGAAAAUAAAAAUAAAGUCGUCUUGUCCUCUUCUAUUUUCAAUAUUUUACUAAAUCUGAAGAAAUUGAUUUCUUUAGAGUGUAAUUAUACCUAUCUUUAAGUAAAUGUCUUGAGGUUAAUGUUAUAGAUUGUAUGGCAGCAACCAGAAAUGAAAUUCAAAACGGUUCGUGAGGGCGAACAGGCCCUAGUGUUCAACCAUCUUGGAGAAGGGCGCUUGAUCAAGGGACCUCAGAGGCUCUUUCUGUUUAGACAACGAUUACAGAAGUUAACAUCAUACUCGGCCAGUCAACAUGAGUACUUAGUAAUAAAGAACAAAGAUGGCGUUGUGUGCCAUAUGCCCGGACCUUGCCAGGUUUUUCACAAUACGUUGGAAUAUGACGAAAUACGGGUCGAACCUUCGAUUAAACUUGACGCCAAUCACAUGAUUGUUGUUUACAAGAAGAUGAAGGAGAGCGUUGCACGGAGGGUUGUGCAGGGGCCGACUGUGUUUAUACCUGCAGCAGAGGAAUGGCUACAUCAGUUUGCAUGGCAUGGUUCGGACCCAAAAGAUAAGACGCGAAUGGUGCCAGCUUUAAAACGGUUCACGCAACUAACGACGAUUCCUGACCAGUUUUACUACAACGUAAAAGAUGUGCGGACAGUGGACGACACAAUGAUAACAGUCAAACUCAUGUUGUUCUUUGAAUUGAAAGAUAUUAUCAAAAUGCUUGAGACAACCCAUGAUCCAAUAGCAGACAUGAUAAACGCAGUUUGUGCGGAUGUCAUUGCCUUCGUAGGCAAACUAAGCUUUGAAGAAUUUCUUGCCAGCACGACAAAACUGAGUCAACUGGACACAUAUCCACAGCUUUUACAGCGGGUAGAGAGAGUUGGUUACCAGAUGAAUAAAGUCGUUUAUAGGGGAUACCACUCCAGUGAAAAAUUACAGGCUAUGCAAGACAGUGCCAUCCAGUCCAGGACACAGAUGAGAUUAAAUGCAGAAAUCCAAGACCAGCAACAGAAAUUGACAGACUUCAAACUCAGCAAAGAGCAGGCCAGGACAGAACUCAGACAGAGCACAGAGAAGAAUAAGAUGGAACACGAACAGAAGGUGCAGGGCUUACGACAGGAACACAGUCUAGUGUUAAAGAUGACAGAAAGCGAGGCUGUGUUAUUGAUGGAGACGAUGGAUAGUCAAGCACAAUUAGAGCGCCAACGAUUUAACGCCGAGUUGGAAGCAGACUACUUACAGAGUAUUAAGUUAUUAGGAGUUGAUGUCACAAAGUAUCUCUGCAGUAAAAUGCCUCCGCCGGUCUCGGAAGAAAUACAGGUCUCGAAGAUAUGAUAAUGUUUUGAUUAGUCAGAGAUAUCACACAUGGACUACUAUAUAGUGUUUUUCAGAUAGAUCUGGCCAAGGGUAAUUUGCUGAACUUUGCUCACCGUUAAAAAGCUAUACUCUUGUUUCAUCAGCAUUUGAUAUGCCUACCCUAUAAGGUCAUCUAGUGUCGUGCAACACCAGUAUCUUUUUGUAAAUGUGAUCUGGUCACAUUCCAGAGUUCAACUAUAAGGACCUUUGGCCUGAACGAUGUGAAAACACUAUACAUUGGGAAGUGAAAAAGUUUUUUGAACAAGUUUGAAAUUUUUUAAAACUUUGACACUUUCUGUAUCCGUGUGACCUGGAUGUGGUCAUCCAUGACAGAAAAAUACCAGGUCGUAUUUAUGUUGUGAACUGUUGGACAGAAUUGCAUACAUGCAAACAUUUGGUUUUCUAAGUUGCCUUCCCGCAGAGAGUUCAGCCCACGUGUAAUUAUUGGAGCUUUGCCCGCUUACUUAAACCUAAUAAAAUCUACAUACACAUGCACACCCUGGAAAAUCGACUCCCCAGCUUGGCGAGAAUUGGGCAGGCAUUCCAUCUUGCUGAGUUGGCCUGGACUGGGUAAGGAGAAAGUGUUUCAAUAAUGUUUGAAAAACUAUUUAGUUGGAGUCUUACGACAAAAUAACAUUGUGUUUACCUGGUAAUAGUGUUCUUCAAGCAUGAUUUGCAUCACAUGUGGAGAAAAAUACAUCGCAAGUUUGUCCUGUGAAUAACAAACAAAAGGCAGAGUAUGCUUGAACUGAUUUUGUACAUACACUGUAGAGUAACCUGGUGGUUUAUUUACGUCAAAAUUGAGUGCAUGUGAUGUGAUUUUGUCCAAGUUAGCAGAUGGAUAAUCCAAUGUGCCAAAGAGCACGCAUUGUGGCUGUGUUUCUUGUGCUGCACCUUUUCCCCAGGCGCUAUCCAGGGUAGGCCUUUCGGUAAGUUGGAAAGCCUGCCUUAUAUACAUGUACACAAGACUAUGAUAAGAUUCUCGGUCAGUUGGGGAACCAAUUUUCCAGGCUGUUGAAUGUAGAUACUAUAAGAAAUAAUUUUUGUGGUCACACUCUUCACAAGGGGUUUCGCUGUGCGAAUGAUUGAAAAAUUUACGAUGUAUUUAAUAUAAUCGACCGCUUUAAAUCAUUUUGUAUCGUGGUGCCUCGUAUAUUUAUAAUAUUUAACCCUGUUGUGUCGGGGCGAUUUGAGUCAUGAUUGUGGAGUUUAUUUUUACUAUCUUAUUACCGGGUAAUUCUAUAAUUGCUAUUUUCCUCAUCAUGAUGUCAUUCAAUUGAUUGCCAUACUAAACCGAUCUGAUUCAGUGGUUUUCCCCAUGAGAGUUUUAGUUUAGUGGGGCUUACCUAUUCCGAGAUGUCAAGACAGAUGGUGAAAGUGCUUACCGACUUUGAUAUACUGAUCAAACGUACGUGGGAGGCUGUUCUCUGGAAAGCAAAUAACACACUCCCACCGUUGACAUCAGCAUUUGUUAUGGAAGAGUUCUUAUUGCUUUAGGAUUUCAAGUUUAAGUCGAAAUUUGGUCAAGUCUUAUAGAUGUGUGCAAUGGGUACAGGUAGUCAGCUCAGGAACGUAAAUCAGUUUAGUUCAUACCUCGAAUAUUUUUCUUCUUUCUUCUGAUUCUGGUCAUUUCUCCAUUUCUAAUGUAUAUUUAUAUCUAAAUCUUUUUGUGUUUGUAAUGUAGGCUUUAUGUGUAAAAUAUUGUUGUAGUGUGUUUGCACUGAGUUUUAGUUCAUAUACAUGUACAUGUAAGGUGCUGUAACCCUGAGGGAAUGGGGCAAUUAUUGUUUAAGUGAUUUUAAACAGAUGUGAAUAGGGAAGUUGAGAUCAGGGACUUAUCACGGAUCCUUAUACGUAUACGGAAAGAAACGUACGCAAAAUACGUCUUUUCUACGGAGUUUUACCUGUAUAUAUAUAUAAGGAGCCUUGAAAUAGUCGAGGGUCUGUCGGAUGAGACUAAAAGCCGUGGUCCCUUGUACCCGAGUGUCAAGUAAAAAGAUCCCACAUAGGUGGACAGUCUUUAAUGGUACAAAGUACAUGAGGCUAUUCGCACAAGGAUUUUUACUCUGUCAGGCAUUAAACCAUGACUGUGUUUAUGUGCUUGGAAUAGGCACUUUACGGGGAUGACUCCACAAGUUCGAGGUAGGGGGUGUCUCCAUGAAAGAGGUGGUUUUAUGUCAAUUUCCGAAAACUUAUGGUCUUUUUAAAAGAAUUUUCCUGUAUUGGCAUGGGGUGCGUUCAUGGGGUGCGUUCAUGGGGUGCAUUCAUGGGGUGCGUCCCCAGGGUGUAUUCGUGCCUCAGCUUAACUUAUUUUAAACUGUCAUAUCUUGUCAAUGUAUUCUCAUGCUGUCUAUUUAUAUAUAUUUGCAACUUUUAUCAUAUAUCACUCCAGUGUCUUACAACCUUGUGCCUAGGUGUCUUGUACCCCAAACACUAUGUACUUGUCUUUGUGUUAGCUUAGUGGGUGAAGAUUCCUGGAAGUGUGGUUGGUUUGUUUUUAAUGGCCUCCGCAAUUUUUAUAUACCUUUCUCCGAAGAAUUGAGAAUGAAUCAUUUCAUUAUCGCUCAUAUUUAAAUUACACAGGAUGUCUUAGAAAUUUGCUGGAGUAGUAAAACUUUCUGGUCCAUCUCAGUGUCGCCCUCUGUCCAGAAAACAUAUACUUAAAGGCAUACACCGUUCAUUAAAAAAUUUGAAUUCGUAAUUGAAUUUGAAAAUUGUCAAUUGCGUAAAUACAAACUAAAUAUAAAUUUCAGCAUUACCUUUAUGUAGACAGAUAUACAAAUACUAUGAAUACCAAGUUUAAACAAAUUCUUAUUCAUAAUAACUGCACUACGGCAUUGUGUAUGAGUGGAUUUCUAUUUAACUGGACCACAAGUAAUUAUGAACGGUGUACCCCUUUAACUUGAAACAAAAUAUUUGUGAUGACAUUCAGUGAUACCUCCGAGUCCUUUAAUAUUUGUUUCACUGGAUAUCUUGCAAUGUAGUUUUUCAACAAAGUCCAAUUUGAACGGCAACUAUGUAACCCGUCACAGCUAAACCAGUCGCAUGUCGCUCUGAGCUUGGCAGGUUGAGACGGACUGGUUGUUCAUUUCACUGUUGUCUGCCUUUUGUGAAAUCAAAGUACAUCGAUUUCUUCCAUUAUCUCCUGGUGUCAUUUAGGCCCAUCUUCUGUACAACAUGUGCUCGUUUUGCUGUGUCCUACAUUUGAUUUUGCUGGCAAAAGAUUGUCAGUAACUAUGGCGACGAUCUCAACAACAGCGCAAGCACAUCCUCGAUCAGGUGAGAUCAGUCUUUAAAAAUGUUAGAAACAUUGCUGUUACUGUAAUCCCCUUAAUUUCCGCACACUGAAUAGUUUUGGGUGUUACCCUUGACAUAAGGGGGUCAAAAUGUGAAAAAUAGUAGUGCAAAAAUUACUGAUCUGAUUAUACUCAAUGGAAGACCCAUCGUUUCAGAGGAUUUUUGAAUCCCGCAAACAGAUGGAUCUUUCAUUGAAACAGUACCGGUAUUAAAAUCUAAAAAGUAAGUUUUUGCCAAAAAAUUUGGGCCUUGAAAAUAAAUGGAUUUGCAGUAUAUUGUAAAGUUAAAAUGGUAUUUUAAUGUACUGCCUGUUACAAAACGUAUUCAACAUUUUUGAUUUCCAAAAGUAGGAAAAUAUUUUGAUUUCUCAUAUCAAGAAUUUUUAAAUACGUUUUUAUUCUUGGAAAAAUCCAAUGAAUAAAAAUGACAAAAGGAGAUGAAA